GUGUCUGUGACACAGCCCUCCGGCCGGCCACACAGAAGCACGAUGCUCCAGCAGGUGAAUGGCCACAGUUCAGGCUCUGAUGCCCAAGGUGGGACAUCCCUCAAGGGAGACCUAAGAGAGUUCCUGGGUGGGGAGGUCCCACUGCACCAGCUGGAUGACCUCACCAAAGUGAAUCCUGUGACACUGGAAACAGUCCUGAGGUGCCUGCAGGCCCGGUACACAGAAGACAUAUUCUAUACCAAUGCUGGCUGUACCUUGGUAGCUCUGAACCCCUUCAAGCCCAUCCCACAACUCUACACACCAGAGCUGAUGCGAGAGUACCAUGCUGCACCCCAGCCUCAGAAAUUGAAACCCCACAUCUUCACAGUGGGUGAACAGACCUACCGGAAUGUCAAGAGCCUGAUUGAGCCAAUCAACCAAUCCAUUGUGGUCAGUGGAGAGAGUGGAGCUGGAAAGACGUGGACAUCCCGGUGCCUGAUGAAGUUCUAUGCUGUGGUGGCUGCCUCACCUACUUCCUGUGAGAACCACAAGAUCGCAGAGAGGAUUGAACAGCGGAUCCUGAACUCCAACCCUGUCAUGGAAGCUUUUGGGAACGCGUGCACACUGAGGAACAACAACAGCAGUCGCUUUGGGAAAUUCAUCCAGCUCCAGCUGAACAGAGCCCAGCAGAUGACAGGAGCUGCAGUCCAGACCUACCUCCUAGAGAAAACGCGAGUGGCUUGUCAGGCCGCCAGUGAGAGGAAUUUCCACAUCUUCUACCAGAUUUGCAAAGGAGCCACCGAGGAUGAAAGGCUCCAGUGGUACCUCCCUGAGGGAGCUGCCUUCUCCUGGCUACCCAAUCCAGAAAGCAGUUUGGAAGAGGAUUGUUUCGAGGGGACCAGAGAGGCCAUGCUCCAUCUGGGCAUCGACACUCCUACCCAGAACACCAUCUUUAAGGUCCUAGCAGGACUACUGCACCUUGGCAAUGUCCAUUUUGCUGACUCAGAGGAUGAAGCCCAGCCCUGCCAACUGAUGGAUGGUACCAAGGUCUCUGUCAGGACAUCAGCCUCGCUGCUGCAGCUCCCAGAGGACAUGCUGCUGGAGACGAUGCGGAUUCGAACCAUCAAGGCAGGCAAGCAGCAGCAGGUGUUCCGGAAGCCCUGCUCCCGAGCUGAGUGUGACACCCGCAGAGACUGUCUGGCCAAACUGAUCUAUGCACGGCUGUUCGACUGGCUGGUAUCUGUCAUCAACAGCAGCAUCUGUGCAGACUCCGACUCAUGGACUGCCUUCAUAGGUCUGCUGGAUGUGUAUGGGUUUGAGUCGUUUCCUGACAACAGUCUAGAACAGUUGUGCAUCAACUAUGCCAAUGAGAAGCUACAGCAGCACUUCGUGGCUCACUACCUCAAGGCCCAGCAGGAGGAAUAUGCAAUUGAGGGUUUGGAGUGGUCAUUUGUCAACUACCAGGACAACCAGACCUGUUUAGAUCUCCUCGAGGGGAGCCCCAUCAGCGUCUGCUCCCUCAUAAAUGAGGAAUGUCGCCUUAAUCGGCCGAGCAGUGCAGCACAGCUACAGACCCGCAUCGAGAGUACUCUGGCAGGCAGGCCCUGCCUGGGCCAUAAUAAGCUCAGCCGGGAGCCCAGCUUUGUUGUUGUACACUUCGCAGGACCUGUACGGUACCACACUGCAGGCCUGGUGGAAAAGAACAAGGACCCUGUUCCCCCUGAGCUGACGGGGCUCCUGCAGCAAUCCCAGGAUGCCCUGCUUUUGAUGCUGUUUCCUGUGAACCCUGAAGAGAAGACCCCAGAGGAGCUGACUGGCCAGAGCAGAGCUCCUGCAUUGACUGUGGUGUCCAAGUUCAAGGCCUCCCUGGAUCAGCUCCUGCAGGUCCUCCACAGCACAACACCGCACUACAUUCGCUGCAUCAAGCCCAACAGCCAGAGCCGGCCGCAGACUUUCCUCCAGGAAGAGGUCCUGAGCCAGUUGGAGGCCUGUGGCCUCGUGGAGACCAUCCACAUCAGUGCUGCUGGCUUUCCCAUCCGGGUCUCUCACCAGAACUUUGUGGAAAGAUAUAAAUUACUGAGAAGGCUCCAGUGUCGCACAUCCUCUGGCCUCUGGGGCCUGGGACCUGCCAAAGGGCCCUCUGAGCAGCCUCUGUGCGCCAAGGAGACCACACUGCAACCUCCACUUCAGGACAUUCUCCAUGUUCUACCAGCUUUAAUUCAGACAGCGGCUACUCCCAGUGACCCAGUGAAAGCCCCACAAAUCCCACUGUACUGUGGCAAGACAAAGAUCUUCAUGACUGAUUCCAUGCUAGAGCUUCUGGAGUGUGGGCGUGCCCAGAUGCUGGAGCAGUGUGCCCGCUGCAUCCAGUGUGGCUGGAGGCGACACCGGCUCCAAAAGCAGGAGAAACAGAGGCGGGCUGCCAUGCUCAUUCAGGCAGCUGUUCGUUCCUGGCUAACUCGGAAACACCUCAGAAGGUUACACAUAGCUGCCACAGUCAUCAAGCGUGCGUGGCGCAAGUGGAGAAUCCGAAUGGCCUGUCUUGCUUCUAAAGAACUGGAUGGUAUGGAGGAGAAGCCCACAGCUCCUGCUUCCCUGAGCUCCUCACUGCCCCCAGCACACACUAAGCUCCUAGGAGCAAUAAUCCACCUCUGGCCCCUGGGACUGGUGCUAGCCAACUCAGCUGCGGGUGUACGUGGCUUUCAGAGGACACUGGUGGCCCGUGCCUGCCUCCGGCUUCCCUCAGGCAGCCCCAGCAGCAAAGUCCAGACACCACAACAAGAUCAGGCUGGUGUUACAUCCAUCAGAGCACUGCCUCAGGGAUCGAUAAAGUUUCACUGCAGGAAGUCUCCACUUCAGUAUGCUGACAUCUGCCCUGAACCUUCGGCCUCUAAUGUUACUGGUUUUAAUCAGAUUCUGCUAGAAAGACACAGGCCAGUCCAAGUGUGACUCUCGUACCCCAUCCAUCCGAGUGAUCUUCAGUGCCUUUGUUUCCACAUGGCCUUUUCCUGCCAGCUGCCUUGCCAAAGACAUCUGAUCCAACACACAACUGCCAAGCUACUCCCACAGGAGUUCACUGCACGUGCAAGCAGGUUCCAGAUUGUGAGCCAGGGCUUUAUGGCCAGAGUGCCACCCUCCAGGGUAUGGCCUCAGCAUUGGCAGGAUCUGGGGG